GUUCACAGGCACAAGCUUUAGCUUGUAGGUUGAGUCGAACUUGUGGCAAUUUACAGAAAAAUAAAGUUGCCCCUCGUCCCCCUGCUACCAAUAUCAUCUUCCUAAGCCAAACGUAAAAAUGGCCGUAUCGCGUCAGGUCGUCGCUGUUGUCAGCUUCUACAUGGUGGCUGCAUUGGUGAUGAUAUUUGUGAACAAAAUGGUGCUGAAUGCUACGCCAAACCUCACAGUCCUUUUCAUGUUUUUCCAGUCCUUCGCCACCGUUGUCCUUCUUAUGAUCACAUCUCGCUUUACCCCUUGGGUAGAAAUUCCUGUCAUUGAAUAUCAAACUGCACGAAAACUUGCACCUUUGAUACUCGUUGAUACUGCCGGUUUCAUCUUCAAUGCCUUUUGUCUACGGGAUAUCGAAGCAGCCUUUUAUCAAAUCGCCCGUGGACUAGUCCUUCCUCUCACCAUCCUGGUGGUAGCUAUCAGCACCCGUUCGAGGCCUCCCUUGUCUGUUGUCGGAUGUGCCGCUAUCGUUACUUCUGGCUUUUUCCUCGGUGUCUCAUUCUCAGGGGAUAUUCCUGCACGAUCAGUUCCGACGCCAUUGGGAUUAUUUUAUGGGUUGCUAUCAUCUUUUUCGAUCGCCUUACAUGCCGUACUGGUCAAAUCUUCGUUGCCUCAUGUGAAUGGAAGCAGUACGAUACUUUCCUUCUGGUCGAACUUGGGCUCUGCGGUUUUGCUCGCUUGUUUGGCCGUAUUCAAGGGAGAAGUCCACGAGUUCGUAAUCAUGGUCAGCAGCACGGACGCUGCGGGAGUGCAGUGGGAUUGGGCGACAUUUGUCUAUGGAAAUAUCAUCACAGGGAUCUUUGGAUUCCUGAUCAGCAUCGCUGGAAUCUUGAGUGUCAAGGUCACCAGUCCUGUCACUCACAUGUUCUCUAGUGCGGCACGGAGUGUACUUCAAAUCGUUCUCGGUGUCAAGAUAUUCGGAGAUAUUGUCACUACUCAACGUGCUGCCUCAGCUUUCGUUAUCCUUACAGGAACUCUCCUAUACACUUAUGUCAAAUCUCGGGAGAGUGGCCCAUCCAACCCCUCAUCAGGAACCAAUUCUGCACCUUUGAAGGAUUUGGAAUCUCAGUCUACAAAACAGGAACAGGUGGAUGAAAAGCCGCUCACUUAAGUUAGAUGUUACAUGUAGUAAUAAUACUAUGUAAUUAGCUAGAAAUAGUCAGAGGCUUUGCCCAUAAUCAUAAUCAUUAAGCGACGUACUUCGCCUGGCACCAUGUAUCAUCAUUCGUUAAAGUUAGGAGGCAGAGUUGGCAGUA